GGAAGGAAAGAAUUAUCUGGUAAUAGCAUUGGCUUAUACUGCAACUAUUUGACAACACAGCUUAAUUCAUAACAUUGGGAGGUUUCCUCAGGAAGAGCGCAAUUGAUUUGGGAAUUUUUUUGCUACUCUUUCUACAUUGAAAAAUCACAUCUCAGCAUUUAUACAGUUACACUUCAAUGGUGUAUUUAUUACUCAGCAUUACAUCUGUGCUAACCAGUGUUUGGCAGAACUCGUGAUUUGAAUGUCCCUUAUAAUAUUUGGCUUUUUCUUUAAAGUUCCAGCUCCCAAAGUCAUGCGAUUACAUCAAAAACUUCAAGAGGAAAAUAAAAAAUAAAUGUAGACCUCAUGGCUUAGAAAUGUGACCUGAAUUCACCCUAAAGGUUCAAAUACCAAAGGGAAAGAGCACAGUGUAGUAACUUUGCAAUUGUAAAGAUUUUUGUGUUUGGGGAAGGAAGUGUGACUCAUUAAUGACCCUUUCUAACCAGCCCUAGGUGCUGAUAUGUUGUGUUUACAAAUUAAGUGUCACAUAAUUCAGUCACAAAUCAGCACAACCUCCAGUGCAGGGACUGCUACUUUUUGGCAUGACAUGCCUCUGCAUGUGUAACUGUUCCUUGAUGCUUUUCAGAGCUUUCCACUAUAAAAGCAAACAUAACGUCCAAAAUGCAAAUGCUUUAUUCAUAGUGGUAACCCAGACUGAAGAGAGAAAAGAGAUUUUUCUAAGCUUUGCCUACAAACUCCAACCUUAUGUGCGUGAUAAAAGCUUUAGGAAAACAAUCCCCCAGGAUCAGAGUAAAAGCUAUAUAAACACAAAUGGAAAACGUUUAUAUGCUGUUUUGGAAACAGCUUACACAGGAAAAAAAGAGGAGUUCUUUUGUCAGUAAAGCCAAACCCUGUUUCCUGUGGAGAAUAAGCUACAGGGGCGAAGUCAUGCUGGAGCUGUGCUGAGGACAUGGUGGCAUCGCUUCCUCACAGGGUGAGGUGGGAGAGGCCUUGGGCGCUCAUGCCAAGUCUUUGGACAGCACACACACAUGUUGUAUGAAUUAUGGUUGCACAAGGCUCCUUACACAGCUUCAAACGUUGUUCUCUGCAGCCCCGAGACCCACGCAGGCGCUGGCACCUCCAGCCAUUUCACUCACCAGAGCUGUUAGUUACACCAUUUAACUGGUUAAAACCAUCACCUCGCAGCUUUGUGACCCACAAGUAAACGCUGCAAGGAUGGAGGUGGAGGGUAUGGGCUGAGCCCAGGGGAGCAGGUCAAUGGUGAGAAGGUAAACUGAGGUGAUGGGAGCAGGCUGAAGUGAUGGAAGUGGGCUGAGGCGAUGGGAGAGGUCUCAGGUGAUGAGAGCAGGCUGAGGCGAUGGGGCUUGAGGUGGCUGGAGCAGGCUGAGGUGGUGGAAGAGGUCUGAGCCAGCAGGAGCGGGCUGAGGCAGCGGGAAAGGGCUGAGGCGAUGGGACAGAGGUUGAGGUGCUUGGAGCGGGCUGAGGUGACGAGAUGGGGCCGAGGGCUCGGGACGGAGCCCUGCUCCCGCCCAGCGGGCGCUGCUCGCGGCAGGCAGCGGCUGUUUGUUGUCAGGAGCGGGCAGACCCGCCCGGCAGGGCCAUGCCGCGACACGCAGGCCGCGGGAAGGACUGCGAUUGCGGGGCAACUCUGGCACACGCGGCGGUGAUGACUGCAGUCCUGCCCUGUUGCUCAGCCCUCACCCGAGCACGCCUCCUACCCCGGGGCUCAGCGCCAGAGCCGUGGCACCCCUCCUUUCGGGCGGACACCCGUGGGCGGCGGGAGUAUCGCUUGUAAGAGAAAGGAAAGGCGCUCGCCGAGGUUGCAGCCCAGCCUUACGUGGCGGAGCGGGUCUCGAACCCGGGUCCUCGACGGUGGGAAAGGAGCCUCCCCACGCGGUGCAUUGUGGGCCCGCACUGAUUUAUGCAGGAGCCGCGGAGGGCGCUGGGAGAAGCGGGAGGCGGCGGUGCGCGGUGCUCGGUGUUCGGGGCCGGCGGCGGGUCGGGGGCCGGCGGCAGCGAUUGGGGCUCUCCGAAGCGUGAAGGGCCUUUACCGCCCCCUGAGGCCUCGGCGGCAUUGCCGGGCCUAGGCUGCCGCGGGACGCAGCGGCACCUACCCGGCCUCAGCCGGCCCCUCGCCGGCCACCACGGACGUGGAGGAGGCGGCGGCGGCGGCGGGCGGAGCCGGGCCCGGCCCGCAGGGACACGAGUCCUCCCGCCGCGGGGGAGCCUGCCCCGCCGGUCGGUAGGGGCCGGAGGGAGGGCUCUCUCGGUGCCAGGGCCUCCGCGGCCGGACUCGCUCCUGUGGAGCUGCGCUGAGCCCCGGCCACUGUGCGCGGGCUGUGGGGCCGCGCUCCCGGCGCUGCUGGGGCCUCCGGCGGGGCGGGGGGAGGCCCGGCCCGGCCCGGCCCGGCGCUCCCCGUGAGGAGCGGAGGAGGGGGACGACCAGAAAAGCUCCGUGUCCUCAAGCGGCAUCUUUGUUCGUCGGGCCCUGCCGCGGCGAAGAGGAGCGGCGAGCCCCGGGCGGGAGCUGCCGGUGCCCCCGCCUGACUCCGGGGCCUUCCUCCCCCGCCUGUUGCCUCCUGGCUCUGGCGCUGUUCUCGGCCGGUUUCUUUGACCCCUCUCGGCUGGAUAUCUCGGUUUUGAAGCAUCGUCGGUGGGACUGGCCAGGGCGAGAGCGGGCGGAGGACUAACGCAGAGGAAACAACAGGUCUCUUCUCUUCGCCUGCCAAAGCGAUACCAGCGCCUUGCUCUUGGGAUUAUAAAUGUUUGAACUAAGACCCAGGGAACUGGAAGGAGAGCCUCCCGCUGGAAUUAACAGAAGAGAAAAGAAGGGAGGCUUUUCCAAAUCCUUUACGAGAAAGCCCGUGCCGUUUUCCCAUGCUGUCCGUACUGUGUUUAAUAACGCGAUUGUGACCUGAGUGGAAUUUAAGAGCGAUGAACUGUUGACGCUUGUUGCGCCACUGCAUCAGACUGUACAAGUUUUUACUUUUCCUUUUCUUCAGCACAUGAUUCCCCCAUCCCAGCUGUUGCAGGACCUAUGGGCCAGUAAUAGAGGGAUGGGAAGCUGAGACAGUUUAUUUUCACAUUCUUCUAUUGUGGGGACUUGGCCAGUUAGCUGAAGCUGCUGCUGCUUUUUACUGGAUCUGCUCUUUUCUUGGCAGGUUUAUUUGUGUUCAUGUGCACGGGGUGUUCCAAUUAAAUAGACAUUGGACUAGAGCUGAAUGGAUGCUUUGCGAUCUGAAAGGUUUUUGGGGAUAGCAAAAGCCGACUGAAAACAGAGAAGAACUGGUACUGCAGGAAACCUGGGGCCUGUUUUCCAAGCCUUUUUAUUUUAUUGAGCAAGAUGAUGUGUGAGGUGAUGCCAACCAUCAGUGAGGCAGAGAUUCCCUCUGGGGGAAAUGGAGGCCAUGGUUCAGGUUCCCCGUUACAGUCAGAUGCUGAUUCCCAUUUUGAGCAAUUAAUGGUAUCCAUGUUGGAAGAAAGGGAUCGCCUUCUGGAGACACUAAGAGAAACUCAGGAGACACUAGCGUUGACCCAGGGCAAGCUGCAUGAAGUUGGUCAUGAGAGAGAUUCCUUGCAGAGACAGCUCAAUACUGCACUGCCACAGGAAUUUGCAGCGCUUACAAAAGAGCUGAAUGUAUGCAGGGAGCAGCUGCUGGAAAGGGAAGAAGAAAUCGCUGAACUGAAAGCAGAAAGAAAUAAUACCAGGCUCUUACUGGAACAUUUGGAGUGUCUUGUCUCCAGGCAUGAGCGAUCUCUCAGAAUGACUGUUGUAAAGAGACAAGCUCAGUCUCCAGCAGGAGUUUCUAGUGAAGUAGAAGUUCUCAAAGCACUAAAAUCUUUAUUCGAGCACCAUAAAGCCCUUGAUGAAAAGGUAAGGGAGAGGUUACGAGUAGCACUUGAAAGAUGUAGCUUAUUGGAAGAAGAACUAGGUACUACACAUAAAGAGUUAAUGAUUCUGAAAGAGCAAAAUAAUCAGAAGAAAACACUUCCAGAUGGGAUGCUGGAUAUGAAUCAUGAACAAGAAAAUACACCAACUACAAAUGGGAAGCGAUCCUCUGAUGGUUCUUUAUGCCACGAUGAAAACCUUACUAAAGUGAUUGAACUCCAGGACAUCAUAGAUAAGCAAAACAAAGAGCAGACACAGAUGAAAGAACGUCUUACUACUUUGUCUAGCAGAGUAACAGAGCUGGAAGAAGAUCUUGACACAGCUAGAAAAGACUUAAUAAAAUCUGAAGAAAUGAAUACGAAGUUACAGAGAGAUGUACGAGAGACUCUGGCCCAAAAGGAAGACAUGGAAGAGAGAAUCACAACUCUUGAGAAACGCUACCUCGCUGCACAACGUGAAGCUACAUCUGUGCAUGACCUCAAUGAUAAACUUGAAAAUGAAAUUGCCACUAAAGACUCCAUGCAUCGACAGAGUGAAGAUAAGAACAGGCAAUUGCAAGAACGACUGGAACUGGCUGAGCAAAAGCUGCAGCAGACUUUGAGAAAAGCUGAAACUUUGCCAGAGGUGGAGGCUGAGCUGGCACAGAGAGUUGCAGCACUUUCAAAGUCUGACCUUUUGUCUCCUGGGAACUCUGCUGCUAAAGAUGCUAAAGUAUUGGAACUUACCACCAAGCUUAGGAAGGCUGAGGAGAGACAUGGCAAUAUAGAGGAACGACUGAGACAGAUGGAAGCACAGCUAGAAGAAAAGAAUCAAGAACUGCAAAGGGCUAGACAGAGAGAGAAGAUGAAUGAAGAGCAUAAUAAACGUUUGUCAGAAACUGUUGAUAAGCUUCUGUCUGAAUCGAAUGAAAGGCUCCAACUUCAUCUCAAGGAAAGGAUGGCUGCCUUGGAAGAUAAGAAUUCACUUCUCCGAGAAAUUGAAAAUGCAAAAAAACAAAUAGAGGAACUUCAGCAUGAAAAGGAUCAACUUGUAGUGAAUGUUGAAACAUUAAGGGCUGAAAAUGACCAAGUGAGACUCAGAGCCACAUCACUUCAUCAUAGCCGACCCGAUUUCAGAUACCCAAUGACACCUUCAUCUGUGGCUGACAGUCAUACAGACUCCUAUGGCACCUCCUCAGUGUUAAGGCGUCCCCAGAAGGGACGUGUGGCAGCUCUCAGAGAUGAACCUUCAAAGGUUCAAACUCUGAACGAGCAGGACUGGGAGCGAGCCCAGCAAGCAAGUGUAUUGGCAAAUGUGGCCCAAGCAUUUGAAAGUGAUGUUGAUGUGUCUGAUGUUGAGGAUGAUAGGGAAACUAUAUUCAGUUCAGUUGAUCUGCUGUCACCAAGUGGUCAGGCUGAUGCUCAGACUUUGGCCAUGAUGCUUCAAGAACAGUUGGAUGCCAUCAACAAAGAGAUUAGACUUAUACAAGAAGAAAAGGAAAACACAGAGCAACGUGCAGAGGAGAUUGAGAGCAGAGUGGGUAGUGGAAGUUUGGAUGCCCAUGGCCGAUUCCGGUCCAUGAGCUCCAUUCCUCCUCCUUAUGCAAGUGGUUCACUUGCUGGUUCCUCCCCGCCUGGCAGUGGUCGCUCCACCCCAAGGCGAAUUCCACAUAGUCCAGCUCGGGAAGUGGACAGACUAGGUAUCAUGACACUGCCUAGUGAUUUAAGGAAACACCGUAGAAAGUCUCCAGCUUCUAGAGAAGAGGUACGAGAUGAUAAAACUACAAUAAAAUGUGAGACAUCACCGCCUUCUUCACCUCGAUCUUUGCGUUUGGACAGAGUCCAAAAAGGAGCUUUGCAUACAGUGAGCCAUGAAGAUAUCAGGGAUAUUAGGAAUUCAACAGGCUCGCAGGAUGGGCAAACAAGUAAUCCUAGUAGCAGUAACAGUAGCCAAGAUUCCCUUCAUAAAGCCCCCAAAAAGAAGGGGAUCAAAUCCUCUAUUGGCCGCUUGUUUGGCAAGAAAGAAAAGGGACGACCUGGACAAACAAGCAAGGAAAUGUUAGGACAAGGUGGUAUGGCAGAAGCAGAUAGUUCCUCUCAGGAUGCAUUAGGUCUCAGCAAGCUUGGAGGUCAGGCAGAAAAAAACAGGAAAAUGCAGAAAAAGCAUGAGUUGCUAGAGGAAGCCAGAAGACAAGGUUUGCCUUUUGCGCAGUGGGAUGGGCCUACUGUGGUGGUGUGGUUGGAGCUGUGGGUUGGGAUGCCAGCCUGGUACGUGGCUGCUUGCCGAGCAAAUGUGAAAAGCGGUGCUAUCAUGUCAGCCUUGUCUGAUACAGAAAUACAGCGUGAAAUUGGAAUUAGUAACCCUCUGCACAGACUGAAGCUGAGGCUGGCCAUUCAAGAAAUCAUGUCACUAACAAGUCCGUCUGCUCCUCCCACCUCAAGGACGACCACGGGAAAUGUCUGGGUAACACAUGAAGAAAUGGAAAAUCUUACAGCCACCCAACAAACGGAAGAUGAGGAGGGAAGCUGGGCUCAGACGUUAGCAUAUGGUGAUAUGAACCAUGAGUGGAUUGGCAACGAAUGGCUUCCUAGUCUGGGGCUCCCUCAGUAUCGCAGCUAUUUCAUGGAAUGUCUUGUUGACGCUCGAAUGCUGGAUCACUUAACUAAAAAAGAUCUGCGUGGGCAGCUUAAAAUGGUGGAUAGCUUUCACAGAAACAGUUUUCAGUGUGGAAUUAUGUGCCUACGAAGACUGAAUUAUGAUCGGAAAGAACUUGAAAGGAAAAGAGAAGAAAGCCAGAAGGAAAUUAAGGAUGUCCUUGUCUGGAGCAAUGAAAGAAUGAUCCAUUGGGUGGUGUCCAUUGGUCUUAAAGAAUACGCAAAUAACCUUGUAGAGAGCGGAGUUCAUGGUGCACUUGUGGCCUUAGAUGAAUCAUUUGAUUACAAUGCAUUAGCUCUCUUAUUGCAAAUACCCACUCAAAACACACAGGCUCGUGCUGUUCUGGAGAGGGAAUUUAAUAACCUUCUUGCUGUGGGCACUGACAGAAGACUUGAUGAAGAUGACGAUAAGAGCUUUAGGAGAGCACCUUCAUGGAGAAAGAAGUUUAGACCAAAGGACAUAAGAGGUUUAGCUGCUGGAUCAGCAGAGACUCUUCCUGCAAAUUUCAGAGUUACAACCUCGAUGUCUUCACCCUCUAUGCAGCCAAAGAAGAUGCAGAUUGAUGGCAGUGUAUCAGGAACACAAAGAUUGGAUUCUGCUACAGUAAGGACCUACUCCUGUUAAAGCCUUCUCCUGUUUACCCACACUAUUUCUACCGGUGAUGUGCAGCAUUUUGAACAUUUGGAAACCUUAACCUGUUAAUACUUGUUAAAUGGACACUUUGAGAUAUUUUAUUACAGAGUUUUUAAUUAGCAAAUAAAUUCAUGAGUACUAUAGAGAAAAUAUUUUAGAAUCUAAAUGUUUCUUAUAUUUAUGUGACUUCUCAUUUAUAUAGCUACUUACUUUUUUUCUGUUUCUAUUCAGUCUACAAAUCAAAUCAUUGCUGAUUUUUUUUUUUAUUCUAAGUUUAGUCUUUCCAACUGAAUGUACUGUAAUGCUUGUAUGUAUAUGUCCCUAUAAGUAAUAUAGGGUUUUUGUAAAUUAUGCAGUUACUGUAAUUAUCAUUGUUUUUUAAUAAUGAAACUGAAGGUGAAAAGGAUUUUAAUACCUUUGUAAAAGUAUCAUGACACCAAGCAGUAUAUAUUUUGUCUUUUUGAACUGUUAGCUUAGCUCUGAAAACAAGUCCAGCUUUUUUUCAGGUAAGCCUAUGUUGUUGUUGGAGGUAUGGUACAUGAUUGUUCUUCUUUUCAGAACUGUACCUUUCCACAAAGAGGAUUUGUCAAGUAGUGGAGAUUUGUCUUUAUUUAAAAUGUAACUUGUUUUAAAAGCUGGGAGGAACUAUAACACUACGGAACACGUUUUAGAAGUGAUUGACUCGGUCAUAACACUCUCUGCUGUACUUGUGUAGCGUAUCUUCACAGUGACUGAAGACAAGCCAUAAACCAAGGACUCUUUAUUUUUCCUUAACUGAGGAAGAUAGACUUCAUAAUAAUUCCUGGUCGUAAUCCACAAGCCACAGAGAGUUUUUUGUCCUAGAUCUUUUUGAUUUAAAACACUUGUGGAAAGAUGCUCGUGACACUAGUUUUAAUGGACCAAUCCUUGAAGCGCUGCAGUCUCAUGUCAAUGAGUAGUGAAAGAUGAAGGUACAAGGGGCUGAAAACUAAAGCAGUGCAACUUCUAAUAAAGGCCUUACUUUUCUUAUGUAAGUCAUCAUUUGUGUUUUGUAAACUUCUAAAGAGUUGUCUGGACUCUAAUUUUGAUGGUUGUAGCCAUUUUGGACUGUAUGAGUAGAAAAUGUAUCCAACACUUGUAAAUGGCAUAUUAAAAAGCCAGCAAGAAUCUGUUCAGAUGGUGCAUUAUUUAUUAUGCAACAGUAUAUAUAGCAUGUCUUUUAUCCUUGUUUGUUUUCCACUUUUUAACUCGCUUGUAAAACUGAAAUCCAUUGUUACUGUUCUGUUUUUUCUAUUAAUCUUUUGUGUAUUUUCAGAUUAUGUAACAAUAUGUACAGUCUACUUUUGAACUAUUUUUAUCACAGUAUUAUUUAUUGCUUUCUUUCAAUAAAGUACUGAUGCAUUUUCCACUGCCAAUAAAACACUAUUGAAAAGCUAAGAUCUAAUUGUAUGCAGGCAGAUACUUUUUCAGUGAGCGGAUAUUGUCAAUAAAGCAUCUUAAUGAUUGUUUGCUGCCCUGUAGAUCUUGUUUCAAAUGAUGACUCUUCUCCAGUAGAGAAAUACUCCAUUAGAUGUGACAUUUUCUUUGGAAUUGUUUAAGCUCAUGUGUGUUAAUCACUUUUUGAAAACCACUUUUCCAAAGAAAACUGCUCUAUUGCCUACUUCUACUUGUAGUUAGAGCUAUGAUUUACUAUUAAAACCAUCACACAACUUCAGUGUGUUCAGGUCCACAUGAUGAAGAUUAAAGUACUGUUCUGUACAGCAGCAACAGUUGCUUUGUUAAUAAAAUGAGAUUAUGACCAUAGUGAUAUUGGGGGAGAAACAUAGGAGUUAAGGGAACCGGUACAAAAUUGGGUCACAAUAGGGCUGCUUAUGUCAAUUUUAAUAUAUUUGUAAACCAUUUCUUGUAUAGAAGAGAAGACAGAAGGAUAAAGUUACAGAAUAAUGGAAGCAGUAGAGAAGCAUAUUUCAUCAUGUCCUCUAGAUCAACAGCAGGAUGUGGAAUGCAUGGAAUGGAGAAACAUUGUGAUUGAUGCUUUAAACAUUGUUCAAUAACCAUCUCUGUUUGCCUAGCUUGUCUGUAUGAGUUGCUAUCUGAUCAUUUGCAGUCUCUUUUAUAUUCUCAGAGAAUCUAUCUUUCUAAAAAAAGCUAAAAUGAAACUGCAGAAGAAGAUCCUGACUCACUGUUAAGAAAAAGAUUGCAUAGACAUUUCUGGUCACUGAUGUGGUAGUAGGUGUUCGAAGUCAUGUAUUGUUGCUUCUCAAGAGUGAAAACGAUGCGGAAUAGACUUGUAAAAUGUGAAAAGAAAAUAUGUUUAUUAUUUUAAGGCUGUAAAACCUUAACUGUUAUGGAACAAUGGAAUUGACAUGAGAGCUAGAAUAAAUGAGUGAAAUAGAAAAGCUUUCACAAACUGGCAAAACCGUGUGUUGACUUCCUUCUGCAUUACGCAGCAAAGUUAUCUUAAGAGAAAUCUGGAAAAACACUUCUGGCUCAGUUUUAAUAACCUCCCCUCCCUCCUGGAAAGAAAAACAUGCAAAUGCAUGUGUAGAAGGCAUAUGGGUGUGUUACAGUAAUGUUUAAAUAAAGGUUGGUUAAAUAUAA